AUGAAACAAUUUUAUUCAUGUGCACUUGAUCCCAUUACACAAAGUACUUUAAAACUAUAUCUUUUCAGAAAUGUUGAUAAUGUGGAUGUUAUAAAAGAGAACAUUAGAACUGGUGCGUGGAAAUGUGCUGCCAUCAAAUCUUCCCUUAUACUCGAUCUAUUUCAAUUAGUCGUCGCCGCUAACCGCGCUGCUGUAGCUCAGACUUUGGGAAACAUGGUGACGAGGUCGGUUUACGGUGAAAUUCUAUACAAUCUUUCUCUCACGAGAAAUAUUUCGCAAAGCCUCGCCCUAUUCGGGGCCGACGGGAACAGUCCUUUGCUCCUGUGUUUCUUAACAACAGCGAUGACUGAUCACAGUGAAGACAUUGUGAAACAAGUAAAAGGAGAUGCGUGUCCUGUUUCCAACCUACCUGAAUUUAGUGAUAUAAAACUCAUUAAAGAUGUAUAUAAAUUGAAAAAUUUUGAGUGCGAUGUUGAUAUAUUAGAUAAUAUUAUAAGCAGAAUGGUGACCAAAAACUUUGUUUCAAUUGCUGAUGUUUCUAUGUGA